CACAAAGCAAAUGUCAAGGAUAAAUCUAUGCAAACAGCCAUGGCAGUACUACCUUUUGUGCCUGUAGAAAAAACGCCCAUGUCCGUACUUCGCGCGAGGAAGAAGGCGAUGAUGCAUCAGAGUUGCUGAUUUUAUAAUAGAACACAUAGGACCAACAUGAUGCUGAUGAUGGUGACAGUGAUGAUGUAGAUGCUGCUGAUGGAGCUGCAUGGGCACAGUGCUGUGCCUCCAGCAUUCCCAAUUACGUGGAGGUGAAGGAGAGAUAGAGACAGGAGCACGUCUUGCACAAGCUGGCACUCUCUUCGGUUAGGAGGCAGCUUCAUGAAGGAAGCCGAUAACCAAAACCCACCCGGUUACCCGGCCUGGCAAGAAAUCUCCACCACUAAAAUCAUGUGGGGGAGAAGGACUGCGUGGAUUCCUUCAGCAGAGAAGAAAAGAACAUCUGCUUAAUGUCAAGCAGGGCAUUAAGCAGGUGCCAGGAUUAUUACUCACACACCCUAGAUGGGCCAAAAUAAAACUUGGCAACACUGGGCAUAAUGGCAGCACAAGCAACAUGGCCGCCGGGAGGUGACUCAAUGCAGCGGGCGACGGACGGACCUUGCCACGGCGAUAUUUGCAUCCGCGUGUGGGAGGAUGACUUUGGAGCCUUCGCCUUCAUGCAUGCCGGACACCAUGUUCACCUGAGUACGUGGGAGGCGAACAGGAGUCAUGUUGAACCUGAUCAUGCGUUGGAGCUUGCAGGAUGGAGGCACCGGAAAUGAGAGGAAAGAACGCGUGUUCUAGAUGCUAACGAGAUCAAUGAGCUCAGGAGACUUUUGGAGCGUUUGGAAAGAUGACGAGUGACAGCUAUUUGUCUGCGAGAUGAAAACUUACAGGAAAAGAGGGUGAAUUACCUGUAUUGAAGGUGCUAAAGACAAUAGGCCAAGAUAUCUGAAAACGCCAGCAAAAUAUUGUUGUUAUUAUUAUUAUUAUUAUUAUUAUUAUUAUUAUUAUUAUUAUUAUUAUUAUUAUUAUUAUUAUUAUUAUUAUUAUUAUUAUUAUUAUUAUUAACACUGUACAACAGAGAGUACAAACACUAUAAGAUACAAUGUCUGGAACCUCGACGCACGAAAGACACAGGUAAUUAAUUAAGGAUGUAAGGAAUAAAAUAGAACAUAGAUAACUGAAAUAUAAAGAUCAAGCUGAGAGGGCGAAGCAAGAACCUCAAAAAAGAAAAAAAAUGUAUAGUGACAUUCAAUAAGAUUUGAACCCCUGCAAGAGGAGAGCGAGGUUUAAGUGGAUCGGAUUACGUCACUGAGGCGUGCGAGGUAAAAACAGUGAAGAACAAAUUACAGGCACUUUCGUUGCUAAAUAUGACAACCAGUAGAGACAGCUGAAAAGUCUUGAGAAAAACAAUAUUAUAACCGUACAAGUAUAAAUAGUUAAAGAAAUUCGACGUGGCAGUAAUUAGAGAGUUGAAAAGAGAAGCACAAGUAUAUUGGAAAAGCUGAAGAAGACGAAACAAAGAAACAAAGAAAUUCAACGAGACAGUAAUUACAGAGUUGAAAAGAGAACCACUAGUAUAUUGGAAAAGUUGAAGAGGACGAAAAAAAAAACUAAGAAACGGCAAAAAAAAAUAGAGAGAAGGAAAAAAAAAAGGAUAAAAAAAAAUAGUAAUAUAUUCUGUGAUUAAAAAAAAGGUCAAAUAAAAAUAAAAAUAAACAAAAAGAGAAAAAAGAGAAAGAUGGUGAAAAGUUUUUAUUCCAUUACUUCUGAAAAUCCAGGAAAGAUGUGACAAGAUUCCAUUAAUUAUCAAACGUUUGGCUGCCGUGUGAAGAAGAACAUGUCUGAACGCGUUAUACGAUGGUGAUGGGAUGAUGACCGGGCCGCAACUGUUCCCUUGGCUGCCGUGGAUGAUGAAGAUGAUGGUGAUGGUGAUGGUGGUGGCGGUGGUGGUGGAGGUGUCCGGAGGUGGUCAUUACAACGGGCUCCGCAAACACCACAGAUUCUUGUCAUUUUCUUCUGCGGCGUCUUCCCCGUUAUUGCCCCUUCCUGCACCACUCCAUGACUCGGCCACCAGCGGGGACAUGAUGGAGGAAGAGGGGAAGCUGGGGACAUUCUCUGAAGUUGGAGAAGUAUCAGGUGCAGGAAUGGCGCGUGCCCACAAGAGGAAAAACGCAGAGGAGGAGGAGGAGGAGGAGGAGGAGAAGUAUAAUAAAGAAGGCGCUGAAGGAUACAGGACAAUAAACAGUCUUCAAGGCGUGAAAGGAGUCAACAACAAGAGGGACUACGUCUCAGAGAAGGUAGCUCAGCCCUUUGAAGAAGAAGAGGAGGAGGAGGAGGAUGAUGAAGACGAUGAUGAUGAGGAGAACAAGUGGGUUCGAGGGUGCAACGCCACGGCUUCUGAGGUCUUCAUGUGCUCACCUGAGGAGUGUGUGCCGCUCUCCCUCAGGUGUAAUGGGGUGACGGACUGCUCGAAGGGUCAGGACGAGAGUGUACGAGAAUGUGGUUGCCUCCCCAACGAGUUCGAGUGUGAGGAGUCUUGCAUCGACGAGACGCGGCGCUGCGACACUUUCCAGGACUGUCCCGACGGCGCCGACGAGCUGAAGUGUGAUACCUACGUGUGUCCGGCUACCUACUUCAAGUGCAAUAACCACUUCUGCGUGCCUAGCGAACUCGUCUGUGACUUCGAUGACCACUGCGGCGACAGGUCGGACGAACAGCUAUGUCACCAUCGGAAGUGCUGGAAGGCGGAAUUCGAGUGCGCCAAUGGACAGUGCAUCAGGCCCGGCCGAGUGUGUGACGGCGUGAGACAUUGCAAGGACGGCACGGACGAGGACAGGUGCAGCCCAGGGGACUUCGCCGUGUGCGGGUCCGGGUCUCGCGUGCACCGCUACUACUGGUGUGACGGCUGGCCGGACUGCGCUGACAACCACGCCGACGAGCUGCACUGUGGAGCGUGCGAGGCGGGGCAAGGAUUCAGGUGUCCAAGCUCGCGGUGCAUCCUGGCCAGCAACGUGUGCGACUCCUUCUGCGACUGUUUGCCGGACUGCUCCGACGAGGCCCACUGCUCCACAGCUCUGUACACGCGGCGCGACGGUGUAUCCAGGUGUGAGGUCGGGGCUGCCCUCACCUGCCUCAUGGCCAGUCAGGAGCGAUCACGGGACAGGUGCAUCGCCAGCCAGCACAUUUGUGACGGGACGCGGGACUGUCACAACGGCCAGUACUACAACGACGAGUUUGGAUGCGAUGUGGGGGGCGGGGAGGCGUGGGGGGCGUGCCCGGGGGAGGAGGACGAACAGGGGGUGGGUGAGGGGGGCGGUGGACAGGUGAAGAGCCGGCGGCAGUGGUACCUGUGUGGGGAUGGCAGGUGUCUCCCGGCGGCGCUCAGGUGCGACUUCAAGAACGACUGCUUGCACGGGGACGACGAGGAGGGCUGUGAAGCUCCAGCGUGCGGCUCAACGGAGUGGCGUUGUGAGAGUGGCCAGUGCAUCCCGGCUGACGCUCGCUGCGACCUCGCCUACACGUGCAUGGAUAAGUCUGAUGAAAUUGGGUGCGAGGCUGAGUCGUGCGCGUCAGACCAGGUGCGGUGCGACGGCGGCCAGUGUCUGAACAAGAAGCUGUGGUGUGACUGGGUGCAAGACUGUCCCGACGGCUCCGACGAGAAGGACUGCGGGGGCGUGCGGGGGGCGUGCGGCCUCGGGGAAUUCCGGUGCAGCAGCGGCCAGUGUGUGGAAGACCGCCACCGCUGCGACGCCUCCGUGGGCCUGCGGGAGGGCUGCGCCGACCUCUCCCACCUGCUGAACUGCUCCGAGUUCCAGUGUGGGCCGGGGCUCCUCAAGUGCUCCUCCGGUCCCUGCCUCAACCGCGCCCAGGUGUGUGACGGCUUCGUGGACUGCCCGCUCACCUGGGACGACGAGGACAACUGCCCCUUCAUCUGCUCGGCCAGCGCCCCCUCGUGUGAGUGUCGGGACAUCUCCAUCAACUGCGAGGGCCGCGGUCUCACCCUUGUGCCGAAGGACAUUGAGCUGCAGAUCUCCCGCUUUCACCUGUCUGGGAACCGCUUGGACGACUCCCUCUCACCCGGCACCUUCACACCCUACCCGCACCUCGCCUACCUAGACCUCAGCAAUAACAGCCUCGCCGUUCUGCCGCUGAGCCUGUUUCUGGGGCUUAGUCGUCUUCGGAUCCUCGAUUUGCGGAACAACUUGCUCACCUGCCUUCAGAAUUCCACCUUCCUCGGGCUCUCCAACCUGAGGAAGCUACACGUGACCGGCAAUCGCUUGGUGACGCUGGAGGGUUGGUCGCUGUAUGGACUCUCCUCACUCUCCUCCCUGGACCUAAGCGGGCAGCGACUCUCCAACGUGUCCUCCCAUGCCUUCCUGGGCCUGCGAUCCCUGCUGAGCCUGAACAUGUCGCAGAACUGGCUGUCUCGCCUCCAGGACGGCUCCCUCAACGGCCUCGGCAGCCUCCUCUCCCUGGACCUUCGCUGGAACAGGGUGACGGUGAUGGAGCCGCGGGUGUUCUCUGUGCUGCCCCGCCUAAUGCACUUGUGGACGGAUGAGUUUCGCUUCUGCUGCCUGGCGCGUCACGUACCCACUUGCUACCCCAGGCCGGACCAGUUCAGCUCCUGCGAGGACCUCAUGACCAACGGCGUGCUGCGGGUGUGUGUGUGGGUGCUGGCCUCGCUGGCGCUGUCGGGGAACCUGCUGGUGAUCCUGUGGCGCCUCGUGUACAGCAGCGACAACCAGGUGCACUCCUUCCUCAUCACCAACCUGGCCCUGGGUGACCUCUGCAUGGGCCUCUACCUAUUGAUCAUCGCUGCCGUGGACAUCAGGUACCGCGGCGUCUACUUCAUCUACGACGCCGUGUGGAGAACCUCGCCCCUUUGUCAGCUGGCCGGCUUCCUCUCCACCUUCUCCAGUGAGCUCUCCGUCUUCACGCUUACAGUCAUCACCCUGGAGAGGUUCGUGGUCAUCAUGUUCCCCUUCCGUGUGCCUCGGCUGACCAUGGGCUGGACGCGGACUAUCAUGGGCGGCGUGUGGGCGUGCGUGGGACUCCUCUCCGCGCUGCCCCUGGCCCCGCUGAGCUACUUCCGGAACUUCUACGGGCGGUCCGGCGUGUGUCUGGCGCUGCACAUCACCCACGAGAAGCCGAAUGGGUGGGAGUAUUCCGUGCUUGUGUUCCUAGUGGUUAACUUGGUGUCGUUUUCUGUGAUCGCGGGCUCGUACUGCGGGAUGUACCGGGCGGCGCGAACCUCGAGCGCUGCCGUGCGGAGUGACCAGCAGCUGCGGGAAUCGUCCAUGGCGAGGAAGAUGACGCUGAUUGUGGUGACGGACGCCGCGUGCUGGCUGCCCAUCAUCCUGCUCGGCCUCCUCUCCCUCGCCGGGGUCAUCAUACCGCCGCAGGUGUUCGCGUGGGUGGCGGUGUUCGUGCUGCCCCUCAACGCCGCCGUCAACCCUCUCCUCUACACCCUCUCGACGGCGCCCUUCCUCGGCAAGGCGCGGGAGCGAGUGUUGGACGUGCAGCACUCCUUCAAGCGGUCCAUGCUGGUGCGCCGCGCUGCCUCGCCGUCCACGGCCGAGAUAUCAACGGGGGAGGUGGCCUUGAUGGUGCGACAGAGUGAUAUCACGCCCACCACCAGGCUCCUCUUCCCCGCCACCUCCUACCACCAACACCGCCGCCUCCACUACCACCUCCACCACCACCACCGGAGCCUCCACCCCCGCCACUGCCCCCAACCCUUCGUCAGGAGCUGUGAGGACCUCAACACCCACAACAGCGACAAGUGCGACGGGGAGGCGGACACCUGUAGUACCUGUAGUAGAGGGGAGCACAGAUGUGGCGAGGAGGUGUGUGAGGGGGGGGGGGCGUAUGAACAGAAUGGGCGGCGGGCUGGUGGUGUUAACGGUGGUGGUGGGUGUGACAAUAACGGUGCAGAGGGCCAGACUAAGUUACUUGUGCAAAGGGAGUUGAUUCCUCUAAAGAUCCUAAGCCCGUCGCCUCGUCACUCCGCCCUGCCUCGCCUCCCCUCACGGAAAAUGUCCUCCUCCUUCACGUCCUCCGCCCGCCGCCGUCAGGACCUCUACGACUGAGGGACGACCAUAAGCCAGCCAGGCCUCCUCGCACACCCUCAGGAAGACAUCAACGGGCUUUACUCGGCGCAGGAGGUGUGGUGGUGAGCCGUGUUCCGUGUUGGUCGUCAUCUGUCUUUCUAUCUCUCUCCGUCGCCUGGAUGAGAAGCAGAGAUGGACAGCAGUGAAACGGACGAUUCGUGGUCACUCCAAACAGUUCGUGUGUCCACUUGUUACGCGUGUUAUUUCUUUGGUGCUGUUUUCGUGUCUUGUUUCGACGCCGAGGAAGACGAGAGUUUACAACGUUUCAUCAUUUGUCUGUGGCUUGAGUUUAUCUUUUGCUCGUCCUACUUUUUCUCUCUCAUGUCUACUACUCUUUUUCUUUACUAUUUUUUUUUUGUGUGUGUGUUUUUCCUGUGAAAGCAUCGUCGAGACUUCCGACAAAGUAGUUUCAGAAUCGAAGGUGCAUGUUCCCGGGGGAGGCGCUCUUGUCCCCCGUGCCCCCUCCCUCCCCUACCCGUGUCGCCCCCACCCUCGGAGUCCUGUUUCAAGGGUGCUGGGAAGGCUGUAAGUGGGCGUAGGCUGAGGCGGGGGAGCGGGGCAGCCCGGGGGAGGGUGAGGCGUGGUGACGGGGGAAGACCAUUGCCUCAUACUCCCCCAUAGCGCUCUCUCUCUCUCUCUCUCUCUCUCUCUCUCUCUCUCUCUCUCUCUCUCUCUCUCUCUCUCUCUCUCUCUCUCUCUCUCUCUCUCUCUCU